GCAUGCGUGGGGCUGGGAAGAGAUGAGAUUUGUUACGGGUUUGGAGAGACAGCGAGGCUCGGGCCAGCCACGGGGAUGAAAUCGCAUCAGGGCAGGAAGGCAGCGGCAUCAUGGAUGGAGGAUGAAGAUCUGAGUGCUGUCCUCCGUGAGUUUAAUGCAGUCAUUGAGGAUUUUGCCUCCCCCACAGACAAGAGACAUUUCCAAUAUGAUGAACAUUUAAGAUGCAUGAAAUGGCGGAACAGCACAAGCACUAGUGAUAGUGGCAUGAGUGACUCAGACAGUACAGAUUCAUUUCAGAGAGACAGCUUCAGCUUCAAGAAGCUUAAUAGUUGCACACUUUCAUCGCCUAAAGCAAAGCUCGGCGACACCAAGGAAUUGGAAGACUUUAUUGCUGAUUUAGAUAGAACUUUAAAAAACAUGUAAGAAGAGGCAGCAAAGCCUACAUCUUGAUCUUGGAAAACCACACCACAUAAAUACUCCAUCUACAACCUGUCUGUCACAAAGUGGCUGUAUUUUUAGGCAGAGUCUUGGAACAGGUUUCUCAAUCAGUAAAUACAUUUCAGAACAACCUCUCUUUCAGAUACACUUUAAUAUUUGCAUGCUAUGCAUUUUUAGUGAAAGUGUUUAGAAUCUAAUUUUGAGUGUAGAAAGACUGUCCAUGAUGGGUGUUCUCAUGGUGGUUGGGGGAGGGGAAGGCCACAGGUUUGAGGGCAGUGACAAGCGGAUUUUAUCCAAAGCUUGGGAGAAGAGGAUAUGUGGCAUGUUGGGGAACUCUGGCUUGGGAGAAAGCUUCUGGCUUUGGGCACUACAGUUGGGCAGGAGGGUAAAUCCAAAUGUUGGAAGGAGCAGGACUGCUUUCACUGUUAAAUUAGUCAGCAACAGGUUUGUUCUUGCUCUGUAUGUGAACACAUGUCCUGCCCACCAUAUUGAAUGAACCAGCUUCCAGACUGGUGUCCUAUAGCAGCAUAUUAUGGUCAAAAUAAAAAUGUGCCUUCUUUUUAAAUAGUCAUAAAUUACAAAUUCUGUGACUUGUGGUUGUUUCACAUUGAAAUAUAUUAAUUUGUAAAAUGAAACAUUUACUGAAUUUAAAGCCUUUGUAUGUGUACAUAAACUAGAUGGUACAGCUAAUGCAAAACUGUUGCAAAAUUAAAUGUGUACUGUUUACUAACUUUCACCAGUGUCGCUUUUUGCACAAUGACUUCCUGUACUUGAACAUUUAAAUAAACAGUUUUGGUUUGAAAA